AACUUCUACUUUUUCGUUCAGUAUUUAACAAUGGCGGAUACGAAUCAAACUGGUGCUCAAAAAACUCAAGAAAUGAAAACCGAAUUAAAUAGAAGUGCUAGUGGAGAACCUCUUCCGGAUCCCAAGAGCAUCCAUGACCUUACACAAUAUGUGCAGAGUCUUCUGCAGCAGAUGCAAGACAAAUUUCAAAUUAUGUCUGAUCAAAUUCUAGCAAGAAUUGAUGAUAUGGGUCAUCGCAUUGAUGAUUUAGAGAAAAAUAUAGGAGACUUAAUGACUCAAGCAGGAGUAGAAGAAACGGAUAAAUGACAAAGAAGGGACUCAGAUUUUCAUUGGUCAUUCAGUUCUGACAGUGAUCAAUAAAAGUUACCAUCAGUUUCUAAGAGUGAUCAAAUACUUAUGGGCUGCAGAAUGGAAUACUUUUGAAAAGAACUGAGCAUAUGUCAUAUCUCAUGUAAAAUUUUGGCUUCCUUAUAAAAUAUACUUUUUACAAUUUUGAAUAUUUUUGCUCCACUGUAAUAUUUUAUCUUUAGGCAAUUUCUCUUUCUUUUACAUAUAUUAAAUAUGUUAGCAUAUUGUAAAUACAGUGUGCCAAAUAUUCAGAUAUUUCUUUGUGCUUGUAAAGUUCAUCAGUAUACUAUAGGCUUUCUGUAGAAUAUUAGUUAAAAACUGAUUUUAUUUUUAAUGUUUGUGUAAAUAGUAUGCUGUAAAAUUUUGCAUAUUUCAAUGUAGAAUUGCAUGGAUGUUUCAUGUUCAUAUGAAAUAUAUUCAUUUCUUGUUUUCUAUUACUUUUCAUUUAAUGACAUCAUCACAUUUUAUUAUGUUGUAAAAUGUUUACAAAAUCUCCUAUAUAUUUACAUGUAGAAUGUAAGUUCUUGUUGACAUUUAUUUUAUAAACAAACACACUGUGAAUUAGAAUUUCAGGUGUUAUAGCAUCUUCAGUCAGGGUACUGAUUUAUUGAUAUGUUAAUUAUAUCAUAUAUAUGUUUUGAUCUGCUUUGGAAAGCAUCAGAAAGUGGGUAUGUCUGCUGCAGCAGAGUAGUGAGAAAAAUAAAACAAUGUUGGAGAAUUACAGCAAAUAUGUUUUUUAUAUGUAUAAAGUUGAAUAAACAUAUACAAGUUCUAGCAGUAUUUGUCAUGCAUUCAUUCAUGUGACUUGUAAGUUUUAAUAUGAAAUUUUGCAUCUGUACCAAAUUUGUUGGCAAAAUAUUUGAAGUUCCCAAAGCAUUUUAUAUGAGUUUUAAAUAAGAUUUCCAGCACUAAACAUAGUUGUCAGUAAAAAAUGUUGAUCUGAAAUUUUGUUGUUAGAUAUCAAAUUUUUCUUAGUAAAAAAAUUUGUAUAUACAAAUAUUCUAAAAUUUUUCUAUAAAAUGCCUGUUAGAAUUUUAUGAAAUCUAAAUGUUUUUCUGAAUGAGCUCUUGUUACUUAUUUAUACUAUAAUUUUCUAAUUUCAGUUUAGGCAUUAUCUUCCUUCUCUAACAGAAACAUUCUAAUUAAUAGCAAUUGAAUAAAUCUGAUGCUUUACUUUUUGAAGUAGAAUAUAAUUUUAUCAGUAUAUGUUUAAACCGAAGAUAUUUCUGCUUAUUGGGUGUGAAAAAAGAAUACAUUCAAUUUGCCUAUUUUUACAAUUAGUCGCAUUGGGUGUUUGUUUUCUGUUUAUUCUUACUCUAGGUAAUAUGUAUUAAAUACUCAAUAUUUUCAAAUUUAAUUAAAUUGUAUUUUCUUUAGUCAUAUGGUAAACCUUUUCUCAGUGUAGAGAACAAAUUUCUUUAAAAUAAAAUUAUAAUUUUAUGUACUUAAAGUGAUAACAUCAUAAAAUUGUUUGAAUCUUCCCUCCUUCCCCUAAGCUUAGCUUGAGACGAUGAAGAAGUUUCAAUAUCUAAAUCUGAAAUAAGGGAUUAAUCUUUAUAUCCACUUUGCUUCUGAGUUAUUCUAUUUUAAAAAAGUAAUGCUGUAUCUAUUGGCUUAUUUAAUGUACUUAGAGUGCACUUCAGUCGUAAUAUGCUUAGAUGGCUUAGUAUUAUGUAUUAUGUUAUUUUGUAGAAUUUAUGUUUUUAUUCCAGCAAGUUAAAAUCUUUCAGUUAACAUUUUCUGCCCCAAAACACGCUGCUUUUAAUAGAAAUAAAUAUAUGGUAUCUAUGUAAUAGUAAUGAUCCUGUUUAUAUACUUUCUGAUGUACUGCAUGUAUUCAAAGAUUUUUGUGAAAAAAAUCUCAUAAUUUCUUUACUUGAAAACUGGAAAAAAUAGUAAUAAAAUUUUUUGAAAUAACA